CUUAUGAGUCCCACAUCGGUAAAAAUAAAGAGAAGCUCAAAAUUACCUUAUAUAAACGAAGAUAUUGCGUCCCUAGCCGACUAACUAAUUGGGGCCAAAAAAGUGGGCUUGACGACAAACGGCCUUUAAUUGCGGGUACGUUUUAGAUAAUUUUAGACAAACACAAUAAACGUCUAUCAAUUUUGGAGUUUAAGAUUCCAAAAAUAUGUGAUUUUCGUAUAGGUUUUGUCAGGAAUGAAGCAUUCCAAGGAUCCGUUUGAAGCAGCACCUGUUGAAGAAGAUGAGAGAGCUGUGAAGAGAUGUAAAACGUCCGUGGUUGAGCUCACCAAAAACACAACUGGUGCUGAUCCUGUGAAGAUGGCCAACAAGAUGCAGACCAUUUUAUCACAAUUUACAGAGGAUCAAAUGAGCAGAUAUGAAUCUUUCAGGAGAUCUGCUUUUAAAAAAUCAGACAUGGAGAAGUUAGUACAGAGAAUCACAGGGGGUCCGAAGAUCGACGACACUAUGAAUAUCGUUGUGCGUGGUAUCACAAAGAUGUUUGUUGGUGACCUUGUGGAAACAGCUCGAGUUGUUAUGAGGGAAAGGAAAGAAUCAGGACCUAUUAGACCUUGCCAUAUCAGAGAGUCCUAUCGAAGACUAAAGCUCCAAGGAAAAGUGCCUCAGAGAUCAGUUCAACGGCUUUUCCGCUAGUCAGAAUGACGAGGUUACAAAGUAGUGACUUGGAUAAAGAGUAACCAUCAUGUUCUAAGCCAAACGUGACCAAGUCUUUGUAUUAUUUUCUAGCUUGCUUAAUAAUUAGAGAACAAGUGCACACAAUAAGAUCAGAAACAAUUUGCCAUCUCUCUCAUUACUCUUAAAAGAAUUCACCUUUUAAG